AUGGCAUCUCCAAAGUACGAAAAGCCAGAGGUGGUCUCUAUUUCACCACUUCUGCAACGACUCGCCUACCCCGCUACAGCCGACAUUCGGGUCAGUGCCGAUGACAUUGCCUCUGCUUUUGCUCUGAUCUUCGAGGACCGCUUGUCCGACAUUCAGACCGCUGCCCUCCUCACACUUCUCCACUCGACUGGUAAGGAUAGGCAAGCUGAUGUCAUUGCGAAAUGCUCUCACCGCAUGAGAGAAGCUGCUUGUCAAAUUGAGAAGUCGGAGCUGAAGAAGAUUGUUAAAGCCCGCGGGAGGUUUGAGGGCAAUUACAAGGGUGGACUGUGUGAUAUUGUCGGAACCGGUGGAGAUUCACACUCGACCUUCAAUGUCUCUACGACAUCCUCAAUCAUCGCAUCGCCGCUGCUAAUGACAGCCAAGCAUGGCAACCGGGCUCAAACUUCGUUCUCUGGAUCGGCCGACGUUCUGAAUGCAAUCCAGCCUAUCCCUCCCAAGAUCUCCGCCGUUAAUGCCACGAACGUAGCCAAGGUCUACGAAAAGACCAACUACGCCUUCCUCUUCGCACCCAACUUCCACCCAGGCAUGAUGUAUGCCAAUCCUGUGCGACGUGGGCUAGGUUUGAGGACAAUUUUCAAUCUGAUGGGACCCCUCGCCAACCCCAUUGAAUGGGCGAUCGAGGCUCGUGUCGUUGGUGUUGCCUACCAAAGUCUAGGACCAGUCUUUGUUGAUGCUCUGAGACAGGCUGGCGCCAAGAAGGCCCUGGUGGUCUGUGGCGCGGAGGAUAUGGAUGAAAUCAGCUGUGCAGGAAUCACAAACUGCUGGAGACUCUCAGAAUAUCCCAACGCAGCGUAUAAGCCCUCUGAAGGAGAUGAUGAGGAUGCAAGCGAUGAUGAGGAGCACAACCCCAAGACACUGGUCAAGUUGGAUACAUUCCAAUUGCACCCGUCAGACUUUGGCCUGCCUGUCCACCCUCUCACCGAGGUCUAUGGGCGUAAGCUUCCCAAGGACAAUGCUGCGAAGCUCAUGAGCAUUCUUCGCAAUGAGCUUCCCCGGGACGACCCCAUCCUCGAGUUUGUGCUCAUGAAUGUUGCCGCGCUGCUUGUCACCUCGGGGAUUUGCGAAGCCGAGACCAGCAACAUGGGUCCUGGCGACGAUGGCAAGGUCAUCACCGAGCGUGGACCCGGUGGUGGACGAUGGAAGGAGGGUCUGCGCCGCGCACGCUGGGCGAUUGAAAGCGGCCAAGCCCUCAAGAAUCUGGAGCAAUUCAUCGAGGUCACCAACCAGCUGUAG